ACAAAGAUUCCGAUAUCAUAACAAUAAAUGAUGUUUUAAAUGAAUAUAAGUAUUAUAGGACAAUUUAAAUUUAAAAUCAGUUAAAAAUGUCAAAUACUUCUAAAAUUAUAAAUCAUGAAAAUGUAAACGGUGUAAAUUUAUCCUUACAAGUGGAUAGUCGUUCUAAUACACCAAACUCCCAACGAUUUACAAUAUCUUACAAGAAUAAGGAAAAAAAAUCUAAAUGGCCCUUAAAAUCAUUAAUUUUAGCCAUCAUAUUUAAUGUUAUAGCUUUGUUUUAUGUACGUAUAAGUGUACAGGCGAUGUUAAUUAUAAUAAUUGUACUAUCAUUCUUGGUGUUCUUCUGGAUAACACAUAGUGUUCAAUCAGAAAGUGUUCUAGUUAUUCCAACAGUUGGUGUUCAAAGUUCUGUAAAGUAUGUCUUUGGUAGAGAAGAUUAUUUUGUGCCAUGGGCAUGUAUUGAUGACGUUAUUAUAAACGAAGUUAUAAAACUGAAUCGUGUUUUAUAUUUCCUUACACUUAUUGUCAAAACUGGAAGUACAGGACAAGACACGGAGCCAAUAAAACUAAUACCGUUGUUCAAGUACACAAAACCACGGCUUCUUAUGUUGGAGACCAUUUAUUCAGAACUGCAAGAGCUAUUGACAGCAUCCAGUAAAUUAGAAUAGACGAAUGUGAUUCUUUAUUUAAUAUAUUUUAAUUUAAUAACAUAAGCUUGUCUAAUUAAUCCACCAAAUAGUUUUAAAUUAUAUCAUAAGUGGUUAAAU